AUGAUCAAAGGAAAAGACGUGUACGAUGUUGUGGCAGCGGUUGUGCCUCUGUACGUGGCUUUGCUCUUAGCAUAUGGCUCCGUGCGUUGGUGGAAGAUCUUCACCGCAGAACAGUGCUCCGGCAUGAACCGUUUUGUGUCUGUUAUCGCAGUGCCCUUCCUCUCUUUCCAUUUCAUAUCCAACAACAACCCUUACACCAUGAACUUCAGGUUCUUAGCCGCGGAUUGUGUUCAAAAGGUUGUGAUUUUGGCUGCGCUUUUUGUGUGGAACACUUUCACCAAGUGGGGUAGCCUUGACUGGACCAUCACACUGUUCUCACUCUCCACUCUCCCCAACACACUCAUCAUGGGGGUUCCUCUUCUGAAAGCCAUGUAUGGAGAAUUCACAGGCACCCUCAUGAUCCAGAUUGUGGUUUUUCAGAGUGUGAUUUGGUACACUCUCUUGUUGUUCAUGUUCGAAUAUAGAGGGGCCAAGCUACUCAUUCUGGAGAAAUUCCCUCACACUGCAGCUGCUAUAUCCUCCGUUAGGGUUGAUUCACGUGUGAGCUCUCUCAAUGCUAGAGAGCCAUUGCAUGCUGAUGCAGAAAUCGGAGAAAACGGAGAACUCCACGUGGUGGUCAGAAGCAUGUCACGUUCUACCUUCAUAACCAUGCCUUCUUCUCUCCACAAGUCGCAUUCAACACCUAGACCAUCAAAUUUCACUGGGUACCCGUCUUAUGGAGAAACAUCUAAUCUCCAAAAUGCAGGUUUUGUUGAUACGGCGCCUGAGAAAAUGCUUUGGAGGAGCAAGAGUGACGGUGGCGGGGUUUCUGGUGGUGGUUUUGUUUAUUCAUACCCCUCUGAAAAUCCAGGGUUUGUAGGGUUUAAUAGUGGUUUUGUUUCUCCAUACCUCUAUCCAAAACCAGAGUUUCCAGGGUUUAUUAGUGGUUUGGUUACUCCAUACCCGUCUCCAAAACCAGUGAUUGCAGGGUCUGAUAAUGGUGGCAGGAGAAACGCAGGUUCUAACAAUUGUUUAAACAUAUUUGGUUGUGGCUUGAAUGCAUCGUCAAAUUCUGAUGUUAAUAAUCAGAGACAUGAAAUAAACAGAGUUGGCUCCUUUGCCAACGUUGGACCUUCCCAAUUUCCACUCGAAACUACUGCUUCAAAAGUUCAUGAAAUUGUAAUUGAUGAAGAAGCAGAACAUCGUGCAAUUGGGAAACAAAAAGAGGUGAAAAACGAAGAAGCUGAUACAAACAAAAAUCAACAACUGCCACGUGCUAGUGUCAUGUUAAAACUCAUUCUCAUCAUGGUUUGGAGGAAUCUCAUAAGAAACCCUAAUACCUAUGCAAGUGUUUUAGGUCUCGUUUGGUCUCUCAUAUUUUUCAGGUGGAACAUCGAAGUGCCAUCUAUUAUAAAAGGUUCCAUUGAAAUAAUUUCUAACACAGGACUAGGAAUGGCCAUGUUCAGUCUUGGUCUAUUCAUGGCAUUACAACCUAAGAUCAUUACUUGUGGAAAAACUCUGGCGGCACUUGCAUUCGGAAUUAAGUUCUUGGUUGGUCCAUUUCUGAUUCUUGCAGCCUCCAAAAUAAUUGGUAUCCAUGGAGUUCUUUUACGAGUUACAAUUGUUCAGGCUGCUCUUCCCCAAGGAAUUGUCCCAUUUGUAUUUGCAAAAGAAUAUAAUCUUCAUGCAGACGUACUCAGCACAGCGGUUAUCUUCGGAAUGGUGGUUGCGUUGCCCGUAACAAUAAUUUACUAUGUAGUUCUUGGACUUUAG